UCCUCCCACCAAUAGGUCUGGGCGUGGAGUCCUGUGGGCAAUCCUGCAAAGUGGAAAGCUGUCAGGCGCAGAGCACCGAGGGAAAGGGGACCGAAUGAAAGAGCUCCUCCUCCCGGGUGUGUGAGCAGCCCCGGCUCCCUGUGCGCCCCAGACAGGCUGCGGAGAAGCAGCAGCCCCACGAUCACAGUUCUUUGCCAGGGGCUGAGGAGACUGAAGAGGGCUGAAGACAGGCUGAUGGCUUCAGAUACUGGGUUCCAAUAUCUCACCAUGACAGCUGAAAAUCCAGCACCAGGAGACAUGUCUCCGCCCCCCCUCAUCACUUGCAAGCUCUGCCUGUGUGAACAGUCUGUGGACAAGAUGACUACACUCCAGGAAUGCCGGUGCAUCUUCUGUACAGCUUGCCUGAAACAGUAUAUGCAGCUGGCAAUCCGAGAAGGAUGUGGGUCUCCUAUCACUUGCCCCGACAUGGUGUGCCUAAACCACGGGACCCUGCAGGAAGCUGAGAUUGCCUGUUUGGUACCUGUGGAUCAGUUUCAGCUUUAUCAGCGGUUAAAAUUUGAACGAGAAGUGCAUCUGGAUCCCCACCGAACAUGGUGUCCAGUGGCAGACUGUCAGACAGUAUGUCCCGUGGCAGCCAGCGACCCAGGACAGCCGGUGCUGGUGGAAUGCCCUUCUUGUCACCUCAAGUUCUGUUCGUGUUGCAAGGAUGCUUGGCAUGCAGAUGUCUCCUGCAGAGACAUCCAGCCAAUCAUCCUGCCAACGGAGCAUGGGCCCCUCUUUGGGACAGACGCCGAAGCCCCCAUUAAGCAAUGCCCUGUUUGCCGGGUUUAUAUUGAACGCAACGAAGGCUGUGCUCAGAUGAUGUGCAAGAACUGCAAGCACACGUUUUGUUGGUACUGUCUGCAGAACCUGGAUAAUGAUAUUUUCCUCAGGCACUAUGACAAAGGGCCAUGCAGGAAUAAACUCGGCCACUCGAGAGCAUCGGUAAUGUGGAACCGAACCCAGGUGGUGGGGAUUCUCGUGGGAUUGGGCAUCAUUGCCUUGGUGACUUCACCUUUGUUGCUCCUGGCCUCUCCAUGUAUAAUCUGUUGUGUCUGCAAGUCCUGUCGGGGCAAGAAGAAAAAGCAUGACCCAUCCACAACCUAAAGAUCUCUGUUUGUGCUCACAUGCCCCAGAUGUCCAGGUUAUCGGAGACAGCAUAGUGAUCAAAACCCCACUUAGUGAUCUUGGCUCCUCCUCCUUGCCAAAACUUUGGAAGUGCCUCUUGUGUCCAGACUUUGAACUUGCCUACAAGCAUUCAGCUCUGAAAAUGGCCAAAUCUCUCUCGUGCAAGUGUUCCUGUGUCACAAGAAACCCGGAUCUACAGUCAAGACUGUGUGUGUGUAUGGAGCAUGUCAGAGGAGCUUGGGGGUUGUUUGGGAGGAACUAAUGAUACAUCGUUAUUUUGUCAUCCAAAGGAUCCCACGGGGCUGCUCACUUUCUAGCCAAAUUCAAGGAGCCUGAGUUAACAUUCAGUAAAAUAAAUGUGUUGUCCCGGUUGGCAACAUAGAUGCUAACUGAGAGAAGUCUGUUCUGUGUUGAUUUGGCCACCAUGAGAAACAUGGCAGAAACCCAUGGAUGGGGAGGGGUGGAGGAUGAAACUGCACCAUGAGGAAUUCUCAGAGUGAAGCAAGCUGUUUAUCUUAGCAGUCAGUAUCUGUGAUGACCACUGGCUGUGCCAUUCCCAGCAUUCCCACUGUGACCUGGCAGAAGCACAAUAGCUUUCUCUUUGUGUGAUCUCAGCUUCAAGCAGGAGGGUUGUCCCUUCUCAGGAAAAGGGUUGCAGUGUGGAAAACAAAAUGCUCUAAUUCCCCUUUUUGUGUAUGUGUGGUCCUAACCAAAGCACUGUACCAUUUGUGCCAUGUACCUAGUCCUUUUUGCUUUUGAUAUUUUAAAAAUAGGAACUUUUUUGUUUUGUUUUGUUGUGCAGGCUGAUCUGGACUGCAAUCCUCCUCACUUAUGCUUCCUGCCUAGCAGGAGAUGAUGGGCAUGCACCCACCAUAUCUAAUUUUCAAUUGGUUAAGAUAAAGUCUAGUAAGCUUUGUUGCUCAGGCUGGCUGUCUCCUGAGGAGCUAGGAUUACAGGUGUGAACCACCAUGUACCAGUUGCAAAUGUUACAUUUCUAAGGUGACCAACUCCUCUCUUAUGGCUAGCAACAGUGGUCUACAAAAUUGUUUUAUGGGGAGUAUGGGGUGCAGUGGUAAAGCUAGAAAACAGGGACCUUUUAAGUAUAACCUGUGGGUAUAACCUCACCAGAGCUGGCAUUGAACCUGAAGCAUCCAUCAAAAGUAAACAUUAAAGUCCAUAUGUAUGUACAUCUAGAGUCAUGAUGUAUAGUCCACUUAGAAUUUCUACCCAGUGGGUAUGCAUGACUAUACCUAACAGUAGACCCAAAAUAACUCCUUUCUUAAAACCCUUCCCUGUGUGAUAAAAUGGUUUCUCAAGCUAUUUUGUGUGUGUGGUGUAUAAGUGAAUUUUGAUUGUAGGUUUAUAACUUGGCCAAUAGUAUAGAUUCAGAAACAUAACUCUUUUUAAACAAUGCUUAGUACAAUAUCAUGCCCUCUCUAUAAAAAUACUAAUUUAACAGAAUUGUUUACAUAUUUUCAGGCAGUUCAGAGGAGCACUCUCUUCUCAGCACAACCUAACAUGGCUCUUCCAGCAGUUGAGACAACCGAGUGCUUUCUUUGUGGUCAGGCCUUUGAUAAAACAACAAGAUAAGGAAUAAGAUGGAAAUGCUUCAAUAGUUUGGAUUUAUAUCAUCUCACUGUGGCCUACUUUUUUUUCACUAUACCAUUAGUCAGGUUUGAAUAACUGGGUUUUU